AUGGAAAACCGCACCAAACAGAUCCUGUGGGUCCAAAAGCACAUAAACACAAGCAUAGUACCUUCGAAAUUUUAUGCAAAGUUCGGCUAUACGCGCCGUUUACGGCAAACGGCCGAGAAAGACUUAAAGCUUAUAAUAGAACAAAUCGCGCGAGAAAACAAUACUAAGGAGAGGCGUAAGGCAAAACGUAUUCUAGAUCGGUUUAAAGCAUUGAUAAACUCGCAAGAAUGCGAAACAUAUUGGAAGAGUCUUGAAAAGGCAGAGAACGACGAUAAAGGUCGAUCAUCAGCAUAUGAGCGACUGAAUACUUUUUGUAAUCUUGUGAAUGAAGAGGGCCGUCGAAGGCUGGACCGGGACGAGAGUGAUUCGUCCGAUUCCUCCUCAACAACUGCCUACAAAGAAUCUGAGGCUGAAACCAUCUGGUACGACGAGGAGGUGGCCGAAAAACAUGUCAAUAUUGAUGUCCUCGACGAACCAAUCGUCACGACUACGGGCAGUGGAAGGGUGCUCAGCAUUGAUGACUGGGCUUCAGCGCGAAAGCUCGUGGAAAGUUAUAGAGAAACGUUACCGAAAACGAGGCGUCUCUACGAAUCACUCAGGCCAACAUGGCCCUAUGAGCAAAUUGUUGAAUACAUACCUUGGGGUGGAGACCUCAGAGCAACGGAAAAUCAGAUAUCUGAUGGAGUGAAUUACUUUGUCAGAUAUGAUUCAAUCACAAAUGGAAGGGAUGAUGACAUGACAGAAUUUGAACACACCUCAAGAAAUAUAAUGCCAUUACUAGAUGCCACAGAUACAAGAUCGAUAUUCUCAUUACCUUCACUGGACUACACUGGAUGCCAGAGCUUGGCUGUGUACCUAGAGCAAGAUGAGCUCUGUUCUGUUGAUUCUAGCAAUGUGGUGCAAUGGGGAUUUACUGUGAUUGGACGAAUCAUUCAUAUCUAUUCUUUAUGUGCUUAUGGAAGAUUUUUUCAUCUUACUAUUACACUUGCAUUUCAGGCACCCCUGCCAUCAUCAACAACUGAUAUUUGUAACAUUAAACUGGCCUACUGUGCAAUGCUGGGCUUUGUUGAGAAGCUACAUGAAACAGAAAGAAAUCUUUGCAGCCUCAACAGCAAAUGCAUUGAGAUAGCAUGUGCUGGAACAAAACAAAAAGAGGCUCCUGAACAAUGGUCAGCACCACCAGUGAUAGGAACCCCACUGAACUCAUCAAAGAGAGUGACAUCCAAGCAGACUAAGAUAUAA